GCAAGCACAAAGGAGAAUUCAGAUCCAGAGAAGGAAGACUCAAAAAAGCGGCCACGGUCGCCCAAGAAGAGUCAGGAUGCAAAGUCAUCACAGACCGAGACCAAGCUGGAAGAAGACGAAGAUGAAGCUCCGGUGACGAAACGAGUGAGACGGGCUCGGGUCAAGGUUGAGGAUGAUGAAGACGACACCCCCCAAUCGUCAGCCAACAAAGAAGCAGCCCCAAGCAGCCCCCCUGCCAAGAAGAAGAGGUCGCCGAGCCCCAAGUCAAGCCCGAGGUCAAGAUCGUCGUCGCCGAAGCCAACUCAGAUCAAAAAGGAGGAGGAAAGUGCUGCGGUUGAGGAUUCCGACGUAGUCAUGAAGGAGGAAUCAUCCUCAGAGUCGGCAUCAGAGGCUGAUAGCGAUUCGGAAGAGAAGACAAAAGUCACCGCCAAGGCGCGCAAAGCCCAGCAGACAAUGCUUCAGAAACAGGAGAAAGACCCGUAUCCCGACUGGAAACCUGGCACCCCUGUGCCAUACGCAGCCCUCUGCAAGACCUUCUCUCUAAUCGAGCUAACCACGAAACGGUUAAUUAUCAUGGAGCAUUGUUCGCGCUUUCUGCGCCAAGUCAUGCGCCUCACUCCCGACGACCUCUUGCCCACUGUUCUUCUCAUGAUCAACAAGCUUGCCCCUGAUUACGCAGGCAUUGAGCUCGGCAUAGGCGAGUCUCUCAUCAUGAAAGCCAUCGGCGAAACAACUGGACGAAGCCUUCAGGUCAUCAAGGCUGAUCAAAAAGAGAUUGGCGAUUUGGGCCUGGUCGCUGUCAAGAGCAGAUCAAAACAGCCAACCAUGUUCCAGCCAAAGGCUCUGACUGUGAGGGGUGUCCAUCAAGGAUUGAUGAAUAUCGCCACAGUAAGUGGUAACGGUGCCCAAGGCCGCAAAGUCGAUGGUAUCAAGAAGCUCUUAUCCGCGUCCGAUGCGUACCUCAAGGAAAAGGUAGACAUCACCAAGGAUAAGGGCGGGCCAAGCGAGGCAAAGUACAUCAUCCGAUUUUUGGAGGGCAAGCUUCGACUUGGCCUGGCAGACAGGACUGUCCUGGUUUCAUUGGCCCAAGCCGUUGUAGCCCACGAAGCGGAGCAGAAGGGAAAGAUUCCCAGCACC